GAUAAUCGGCUGAUUCUUGUCCAUGUGAGUAGAAACGAUAUCGAUAAUCUUGCUAGUUGCUUAUGACAAAGAUAGUUUCCAUUCAAUGAACAAGGUCAACGACAAAAUGAUUCUAGUCACACCUAUUCCCUCCCGUCUCUCACGUCACUUACUCGAAUAGAACCGUAUUUUGACAACAAUUCGAGCGAGCGCAUCCACGGAUCUUACUCGCUGAGAAAUAACACAACAAUACAAAUGUAAUUCACUAAAAUACCGCCAGACCGAGCUUUUGGCGACGGCGGGCGAAAAUGACCAGAAAUGAACUGGCUGAAUUUCUCUCAAGUUCUCGUAACGUUUAUUGUUUGUCUUCACGGAUCACUGGCUCAAUAUUACACGAGCUCUUGGUUCAGGGGUGGUACUCCUGGAGCUUCUUACAGGCCAAAUUCUAGUCGUUACUACUCUGGCUUGAGCUAUGUGCCGAAUGGAUGGUACCAAUGGAUGCAUUAUUGGAAGUCUCGCCAGGGAACCCAAAACGGCAAUCCCUUUACACAAAGGGUGCCCUACAGUGGCUUCCGGUUGUGGAACUAUCCUCGACAACUCAUAACACAGACUAAGCAACAGGUUAAUGGAGCUCAUAAUCCACAGGUAGCCUAUCAAUAUCCUGUGCUGUUGUCGCCACCACAGCUAACCCGUACUGUAAACAAUCCUGGCCCACCACAGGUAUUCCGUACUGUAAACAAUCCUGGCCCACCACAGGUUUUCCGGACUGUUAACAAUCCUGGCUCACCACCACAGGUACCCUGGACUGUGAACAAUCCUGGCCUACAACAUGUACCCCGGACUGUAAAUAAUCCUGGCCAUCCUGGAUCACAACAAGUACCCUGGACAGUAAACAAUCCUGGCUCAUCUUCAUUGGAAACGCGACUAUUUACUCGUUUCAAGAAAUCUUCCUUGAAGUCGUCUCGUCUCUGUAACCCUGGACCACCCCUACCGGAGAGCAGGCGUUUCAAAAACUGCCUCGUGAUAGGAGACUCAAUUGCUAUCGGAUACAUGCCGGCCGUGAGGUCAGAGCUCGGUGGGCUAUGCCAGGUGCAACACGCGCCAUUCACACGUGGGUCGGGCGCAGUCGACUCGAGGCUUGGAGUCAAGUGUCUUCGAUACCUUCUCACUACCACAGAUAUGCAACCAAUCAAAUACGACGCUAUAAUCUUUAACUUUGGCAUGCAUGAUAUCGACUAUAACCAGCAGUUUCCAGAGGAGUUCGUGUCUCUGGAAGAUUACAGAAACAACCUCAAGAAACUCAAAGCUGCCUUCCUCAAGACCGGUGCUAAGGUGGCGUUUGCACUCACCACGCCUUUCCCGUCAGAUCCCCAGAAAAACAGACGCGUCAUCGAGGUCAAUCAAGUCGCUCAAGGUGUGAUGAAAUCAGGGCACAGGGUACCCGUCAUAGACUUGUAUAAUGUGAUUGUCCAGAAGUGCGGCCAGCCCCCCUACUCAAAGUGUCCCAUCAUGAAGAGACCUAAGGACGUGCAUUUUAACAAGGAGGGUUACGAGAUAUUGGGCAAAAGAGUAGCAGCUGUGUUCAAGCUUCUUUUGGCGAAAACUCCACCUAAACAAGUACUGACGAAAUUCAAGCGAGGCUUCACAGGAUUAUUCUACCCUCCCCCUUUCGGCUCCACCGUGUGUCCCGACACCUUGACCCGCUGUCCCGCGGGAUCCACCUGCUGCCCGAGCGUGUUCUCUCUGACUGGCUUUGGCUGUUGCGUCAUGCCUAAUGCUGUGCAUUGUCAGGAUAAAUGGCACUGCUGUCCCAUGGGCUCCCUGUGUUCCAGCAGCUGUAACUUCGCUCGUUGUAAAUGCGUGCAGUUUGUGCUUACUGCGCAUGGGCAGAUGACGCGGUAUGAGAACGAGGCUGCACGGAAGAUUCUCCCUGGGUCAACAAUAAUGAGGCCUGGUCACCCGGUCCCAAAUUCCAACAGGGACCCCACGAAGCAGAAUUCCGUAUUUGAUGGUGCUCGUUCUCAAAGUUCCAACACCGUACCUUCUUACAUGCUGGGCUCUGAUACGCAUGUGCAAUCUGAAGCAGCCGGAAAUGGUAGGGAGGGAAGUAUGUCCCAGUCCCCAGAGACGUCAUUAAAUGAGGAAUUAGAAAGUUUGAUACUCCACAGGCAUCCCAUAAUGAGAAAAGAAAAGCCUGAGCAUGGUAGUCACGUGAGUGAUGAGAACGCGACGCGACCUGGGUUUCAAGGUAAGGGGGAAACGGGGCGACCUGGGCUCCAUGGUGAUGGGAAAACGAGGCGACCUGGGCUCCAUGGUGAUGGAAAAACGAGUCGACCUGGGCUCAAGGGUGAUGGAAAAACGAUUCGACCUGGGCUCCAUGGUGAUGGAAAAACGAGGCGACCUGGGCUCCAUGGUGAUGGAAAAACUAGUCGACCUGGGCUCAAGGGUGAUGGGAAAACGAGGCGACCUGGGCCCCAGGGUGAUGGGAAAACGAGGCGACCUGGGCUCCAGCGUGAUAGAAAAAGGAUGCGACCUGGGCCCCAGAGUAAUGAAGAAACGAGGCGACCUGGGUUCCAGGGUUAUGGGAAAACGAAGCGACCCGUGCUCGAGAGUGAUGGGAAAGCAAUGCGACCUGGUCUCAAGGGCAUGCAAAAAAUGAGGCGACCUGGGUACCAGGGUGAUGGGAAAACGAAGCGACCUGUGCUCGAGAGUGAUGGGAAAGCAAGACGACCUGGCCUCAAGGGCGUGCGAAAAAUGAGGCGACCUGGGUUCCAGGGUGAUGGGAAAACGAGGAGACCUGGGCUCGGGAGUUAUAGGAAAACAAGGCGACCAGGGCUCGGGGGAGUUGAAAAUAUCAGGCGAGCUGGAACAAUACGGGAAGACACAAGGGGGGCUGGGUACGAUAGCCAUGAUGUUACGAGAGGGUCUGCGCUCUAUGGUGUCUCCCGUAAUAAGAAACAAAAUCGACACGAGCUGUCAAGAAGGAAACAUUACAAGGUUACCCCAGAGACGCCAUUAAAAAGUUUAAAAGUUCACUCGAAAAUUAAUGAUACACCAAAGACUAAAACUCCUAGCUCGGAAUUGAUCAGAGGAGAAAAAAACGUGCCUGAAAUGAAGCAAUCCGGCGGAAAAAAGGUCACAAAUGUUAAUGUCUAUGGUUACUCUUCUGGUGAAACUAGUGGGGAUGGACCGGAAAACUUGCGUGAAGUAUUACCGACCGGAUCUGGUCACGCAAUACACGUAGAAAAUUUCAAUUAUGUUAUUGUGACAGACAGAAGAAAAAUACUUGACGACAGUGAAGAAGGAAGUGCUAGCGUGACUUUAGGAAAUAGUGACACAACGGCAGGUAUGCAUGACACUAGUUUAGCUGGUCGCAGCGUGACAGGGAAAAUACGUGACGGUAACGGCGCAAAGGAUGCUGGUCGCGUCAAUCAAUGGGAAGAUGCUUUGCUUGUUGGUAACAUGAACGAUCGACCCAAAACAAUCAGUUUUUCUGCUGAGGUGCCCGAGAUAUCUGGAGAUCAACCCUAUAAAGAAACGGGAAGCGCAGAUUUUGCAAGCGGAAGCGGAAGCCUUGAUAAAGGAGUAUCCUGGAUUUCAGCAAAUUUAAGAAACGAAAGUACCUUAUUGUCGAGUAAAAUUCCGGUUCCGGAGAUCACCGAAAGUAUAGAUUUUGCAAGCGGAAGCAUUCGUGAGGUGCCUUCAAGUACAGAAAAUAAAGGGAACAAAAACAAAAUACUAGAGAAAAAUGAUCAGGGUAAAAUGAUAAACGGAAGUAAAGUCUUUGAAAGUGGAAGCGGAAGUACAGAUGUAGGGAUAACCGGAAAUCAAAAUGAGGUAAUCAGUGCAAGUGAUGUGCGUGCAACCGGAAAUUCAGGUUUUGAGUCUGGCUCUGGUUCUGGUAAUGUCCAUGAAAUUAACGAUUCCUGGAAAAUCCACGAAAGCCAGACAAACGGUACCCGUGCUAGAGCUUCCCCGUUUCUCAAAACUGGAAAGGGAUCUGGAAACGAUGCUAGAAAAAUACCAAUUCCAUUGAGCCAUGUAAAGAAAGCUUAUUCCCAUCAAAGCGGCGAGGACGAUAACGAAACUAAUUAUGCAGAUGUCAAUUUUGAUAACCUUAUGGGGGAAGCUGAUGGGAGUGCUGUGGAGCAGGAAGACGAUAUCAUGACCGGGGUCUGGGCAGCAUCCGGGGUUCUCCAGUCACCAUUAGACAAUAUAGCUGACGACCAAACAGUUAUUCACGGCACUGAAAGUCGUAAGGAAUCAGGAACUUCAAAAACAGGGUCUACGGAACAUAUGGCUUUUGUGCCUGGUUCCGGUAAAUCAAAACCAAAAAAGAACCUGUUAUCGCCAGGUUUUGAGUCUCUAGCUCGGUAUCUUAGUUUACCAGAAAACCCAAUUUCAACCAGAAAAACAGGUUUUGAAGUGACCAAUGAAUUAUGGCAGCAACAACCAGUUCAAAGUGGUUUAGCGGAGUCCCUUAAGACAUAUAAUGCUACUCUACAAAGUUCAAUGAAUAUUUCAAGCAAAGGGCCUAACGAAGCUAACAAUGUUGAUAACCCUGCAAUAGAUAAUGGAACUCGUACGGAGAGUGAAUCACCAAAAGAUGUCACAACGGCAAAACCUGCUGCAAAAGCUUUGACAGGAACAGGCUCUAUGCCAUUCGACUAUAGUGAGAACUCAAUGGAAUCAGAAGACACUAGUAGUGACGAUCUUAUGUUUGAUAAUACGGGGGGAGGGGGACUUCUCUGAGAAGGACUCCACCCCUAAUAUGACGAUCAUACGGGAAGGGACAAUGGGUUGUUACUUGCGUGACACAUAAAGUAACGCAACGUUCUCCAAACAGUUUGUCUAUAUUUUGAUUGUAUAUUUUUUAUGAAGUUUACAUUAAAUUGGUUUUAUAGUGA